GGCGCUUCCUACGUCUCAGCUUCCGCGUUGCAGCCCUGGGAGCUGGAGCCGGAGCGGGGUCCUGAGUUCCCGCCGGCAGUGAGGCGGGAGCGGCAGUUAGGGACCAGAGUUAGGACAGGAACCUAAGCUGAGGCGGCGGGCACUGAGUCCCUGCGAGAUGGACGGGACGGAAGGCAAUGCCGGACAGCCCGGCCCCGCUGAUCGGUCGCAUCGAAGCAGUGUCUCCUCCAUGGGAGCCAGAGCAGCGGACGUGCUGGUGUACCUGGCGGAUGACUCGGUGGUGCCCCUGGCCGUGGAGAACCUGCCCUCGCUCAGCGCCCACGAGCUGCAUCGUGCCAUCCGUGAAGUCCUGCAGCUCCCGGACAUCGCCCUGGAUGCCUUCGCGCUCUGGCUCGUCUCCCCUCUGCUGGAGGUGCAGCUGAAGCCCAAGCACCAGCCCUACAAGCUGGGCCGCCAAUGGCCAGAACUGCUGCUGCGAUUCACCGAUGCCCCGGACGAUGACGUGGCCGUGGAUGAGCCCUCCCUGCAAUUCCGAAGGAAUGUGUUUUUCCCAAAACGGCGGGAGCUCCAGAUCCAUGACGAGGAGGUCCUGCGGCUGCUGUACGAGGAGGCCAAGGGCAACCUGCUGGCCGCUCGGUACCCAUGUGACGUGGAGGACUGCGAGGCCCUGGGCGCCCUGGUGUGCCGUAUGCAGCUCGGGCCCUACCAGCCUGGCCAGCCCACCGCCUGUGCCCUGAGGGAGAAGCUGGACUCCUUCCUCCCCGCCCACCUCUGUAAGCGGGGCCACGGGCUCUUUGCCGCCCUCCGGGGCCGUGGGGCCAAGGCCGGGCCAGUGGAGCAAGGCCUGCUAGACGCCUACCGCAGGGUGCAGGAUGUGGGCAACAGCGAGGCCUCCCUGAGCCCCCACUACCGCGCCUACCUCCUCAAGUGCCACGAGCUGCCCUUCUACGGGUGCGCCUUCUUCCACGGCGAGAUUGACAAGCCGGCCCAGGGCUUUUUGCACCGGGGCGGGCGAAAGCCAGUGUCUGUGGCCAUCAGUCUGGAGGGCGUGCAUGUCAUUGACAGCAGGGAGAAGCACGUCCUGCUGGGCCUGCGCUUCCAGGAGCUGUCGUGGGACCACACCUCGCCCGAGGAGGAGGAGUCGGUCCUGUGGCUGGAGUUCGAUGGGGACCACGAGGGCACACCAGUCAACAAGCUCCUGAAGAUCUACUCCAAGCAGGCUGAAUUGAUGAGCAGCCUCAUCGAGUACUGCAUUGAGCUGAACCAGACCUCGGAGCCCGCCGCCGCCCAGGAGAGCGCCUCCGGCCCGGCCCCGGCCCCCGGGCCCUCACCGCUUCCCACGCGGCGCCCGCAGCUGCGGAGGCAGGGGAGCGUGGUGUGCAGCCGGAUCCAGCAUCUUGCCACCAUCGACUACGUCGAGGAGGGCGAGCAGAUCAAGCGGGUGAAGCCCAAGCGCACCACGUCCUUCUUCAGCCGGCAGCUCUCCCUGGGCCAGGGGAGCUACACCGUGGUGCAGCCCAGCGACAGCCUGGAGCAGGGCUGAGGGCGGGAGGGCACAGGGCAGGGCUGGGGGAGGGGGCCGUGUCGGGUCCCCCGCGUUCCCCUUGGACUCCGGGCCCUGCUGCCGUCUCAGGACCAACCUGACCAGGUCUGGCUGCCCCCUCCCUCGAGAUGGACAGUGUCCCCUGCCCUGAGGUCCCCCGUGGCGGCAGGCGGCUGAGGAGUAGGGCUCAGGACGCUCGGGAAUAGGGUGUCUCUGGUCUCUUCCCUGGACUUCGGUGACCACAUCCCCUCAGUUCCUUCUGCCUCAUUCCAGCCCAAGCCCUCAGGCUGGGACGUGGCCCUGCGGGGGCAGGAAGGGGGCCCCCUGGAUUGAACCAGAGCAGGGACAGAGCAGGCCAGGCCCCCACCAAGCCCGCCCUGGCUGGAUGGAACGGGAGGCCCCCCGUGUCCUUCACCCAGGCCUGCCUUGUGGGCAGGAGACGCUCUGACCAGAAGGGAGCUGUAAGUGUGUCUGCUAAGCUUCGGUGACGUCGCUGUGCUGGGCGUGGCUGUCCUGUGGACCCGCAGGCCCGCACUCCACACCUGAAGAGGCACCCAGCCCCCCUUGGGCUUCAGGUUUGUUUUGUUUUGUUUUGUUUUUAGGGCUGCACCCGAGGCAUGUGAGGUUCCCAGGCUAGGGGUCCAACUGGAGCUGCAGCUGCCAGCCGACACCACAGCCACAGCAACACGGGAUCUUUAUAACCCACUGAGUGAGGCCAGGGAUUGAACCCCCCAUCUUCUUGGAUACUAGUCGGGUUCGUUUCUGCUGAGCCACAUCGGGAACUCCCGGCUUCAGGUUUUAGUUUUGCUCUUUUUCAUCUGCUUUGGUUCCAUGAAGCCCUUGAACUCUGGGGCAGCUUUGGAGGACACCCCACCAACCUCAGAGCUGCCGGCUCUCCUUCCAGGAUGGUGCUGUGGUGCCACCUGGCGUGACCCUGGGGGCCGGGCCAGGCUCAGGGAAGCCCAGGACGGACGGGAGUGGUCUCCUUCCCGGGACCUGGCAGGGAGGCUGGCGGUGGCUGGUGCGGUUCAUCCCCAGCCGGUCCCUCCGGCCUUCCCCCCACUGAGCUGGCCUCGAGGGGGCCCCCGGGGAUGCUUCCCAGGACUUUCCGCAGGAAGGAGGCAGGCCCGGCUCAGCACAGACUGGCUCUGUCCCCCUCCCAGUGGAGGAGGUGGGAGAGGAAACGCGAGCCUCUGGUCUCCGGAUGCCACCGCCUCGCUCCAGGUGUGCUGAGGUGGGCUUGCCUUCCGGCAGCAGGGGCUUUGUCACUUGUCAUAAUAAACAACUGUCUCCGGUCGUUUGGGAUGUCCCAGCCAGGGGGCGCCUCAUCUCUCCUGGAGUCCCUCAGCCUCACCGGCCCCGCCCUCUGGUUGUCUGGCAGCACUCACAGACGUGGUGCCAGAUGCGUUGCCCUCUGAUGGGCUGAGGGCCCGAGGGGCUGGGGUGUGUGCUGUGUGUACACAGAUGACUCGUUUUGGCCCUUCGGCGUCUUUUUUCUGUUUUCUAAGCAGUCACUGUGCCUUAACCUUUUCUGCCUGCCCUUUGGGACAAAGCAGUAUUUUACUGAGUGCCCUUUGAAUAUUCUUAUUCUUUUGUAUCAUGUGACUUAUUAAUAAUAAAACCAAUUCCCAGCAAA